GUAGACGCAGUCGAGCCUGUCGAGGUAGCUGUUGACUCUGGUGCUGCUAGGGGUGCUGAGUCUGGGGGUGCUGAGCCUGGGGUUGCUGAGUCUGGGGGUGCGGAGCCUGAGGGUGCUGGGCCUGCUCGUGUGGAGUCUGGCGGUUAUGAGCCUGGAGGUCCUUCGGGUGCUUCGUCCCGGCGGGAGGCACUCUCUCCACAGCAGCUGCGCGAGUGGUUUGCUCGGCGCUGGAGCCGUGCUGCUGGAGCUGGUGGUUCUACGGGCGCUGGAGGCCCUGCUGCUGCUGGAGGUCCUGCUGCCGCUGGAGCUACUAGGGGUUCUAGAGCCACGGGUCCCGGAGGUGCUCGUACUGGAGGUACUGGAGCUGCUGGGCCUGGUGGUGCUACUGGAGCUGGAGCUGCUGGAGGUGCUGGAGCUGGGGGUGCUGCUGGGGCAGGUGCUGCUGGAGGUACUGGAGCUGGAGCUGCUGGCGCUGCUGGGGCUUCUGGUGGUCCUCCUGGAGCUGGAGCUGCUGGAGGUGCUGGAGCUGGCGGUGCUGCUGGAGCCGGUGCUCCUGUGGGUGCUGGAGUUGGCGCUUCUGGUGCUGCUGGAGGUGCUGCUGGAGCUGGUGGUACUGCUGGAGUUGGAGCUGCCACUGGGGGUGCUGGUUCUGUCCCUGCUGGUUCUGGAGGUGCUGCGCGGCCACGGCCGUACUACGUUCCGCUCCUUCAGCAGGUUCUUGGUCUUCCGCCUUCUACUGGUCCUGCUCCUUCCUUAGAGUGUCCACCGCCUGUCCAGUCGCAGUCCAAGUUACAGCCUGCCUCCCCACUGCCUGCUCCUUCUCCUUACACUGGUCCGACCGGAGGUCUUGCUGAGCAUCGUGAGCCUGCGUCUCGUCCUGCGUUGCCUGUUCGUGCUGCUAGCACUAGUCGUCGUGGUUCGCAUCAGCGUCCUCCUCCUAUUCCUGGCACGCACCGGAUGGCUCUGCGCCCUUCCACUGCUCCACAGCGUGUCCCUCUGCCGUCUCUUCCUGCGUCCUCUCUUCCUGCCCUUUCUGACCCGGAGUCUGUCUCCCUUCGUGCUGCUAGUCCUGUCACGCUUCUACUGGCCACUGCUGUCACUGACCCUUCCUUUGAGUCCACUGCUGUGUCUGCCUUAGUUGCUGAGCUUGUCGACUUUGCUGCUCACUGUCGUCUCGACUACACUGCUAGUCUUGUUGCAGAGUCCGAGUCUGUCUGUCCUCCGUACGUCAGGGGUGAGUGUGCUCUUGGCACGGACGUCCUUGAGGACAGGCAGGAGGAGUUUGAGUGCUUUGCAGCCGCUGUACCUCAUCUCGUGUCCAUGCUGAUUGCACCCGAGGGAGACCCGGAUGCACCAGACAUCCCGACCCCGCGCUCUUACGUAGAGGCGAUAGAGGGUCCCUACUCCUCUCAGUGGCAGUCAGCCAUGGACGCAGAGAUGGCAUCCUGGAAGUCCACAGGCACUUACGUCGACGAGGUUCCCCCUCCUGGGGCGAACAUCGUCAGUGGCAUGUGGAUUUUCAGGGUGAAGCAGCCGCCGGGUUCUCCGCAUGUCUUCAAGGCGCGUUACGUUGCUCGAGGCUUUAGUCAGCGACAGGGAGUUGACUUCUUCCAAACCUUCUCACCGGCCCCGAAGAUGACCACUCUUCGAUUUCUGCUGCACGUCGCUGCUCAGCGUGACUACGAGCUUCACUCUCUUGACUUCAGCACAGCCUUCCUACAGGGCAGCCUGCACGAGGAGACCUGGCUGCGUCGCUCACCUGGCUUCGCUGGGUCGUUUCCUCCUGGUACCCAGUGGAGCCUCCGGCGGCCAGUCUACGGUCUCCGCCAGGCGCCCCGUGAGUGGCACGACACACUGAGCACUACGCUUGCUGCUCUUGGGUUUGCUCCUUCCACUACUGACCCAUCGAUGUUUCUCCGCACUGACACUACUCUGCAGCCGUUAUACAUCCUCGUGUACGUCGACGACUUGGUCUUUGCUACUGCUGACACUGCUGGACUGGCCCAUGUGAAGUCGGAGCUGCAGAAGAGACACACGUGCACAGACCUGGGUGAGAUGCGCAGCUAUCUUGGCUUGCAAAUCACCCGGGACAGAUUACCGCGCACCAUUACCUUGACUCAGUCACACAUGGUGCAGCAGGUCCUUCAGCGCUUCAACUUCACGUACUCCUCGCCUCAGGCCACUCCUCUCUCUACUCGCCACUCGCUCUCAGCUCUGCCGUCGGAUGAGUCCGUAGAGCCGAGUGGCCCGUACCCAGAGCUUGUUGGCUGCCUCAUGUACCUGAUGACCUGCACUCGACCUGACCUGGCAUACCCUCUUAGCAUCUUGGCACGCUAUGUUGCUCCUGGGAGACACCGACCAGAGCACAUGGCUGCAGCGAAGAGGGUGUUGCGCUACCUAUGCAGUACGUCGGGCAUGGGGCUCGUGCUUGGAGGACGGGCUCGAGUUGUCCUCACUGGUCACGCAGACGCUUCUUGGGUUGACGACUUGCCUACGCAGCGGUCGUCACAGGGUUACACCUUCAGCCUUGGUUCCGGCUCUAUUUCGUGGCGGUCUACCCGCUCGUCUUCUGUUCUCAGCUCCAGUUGUGAGGCUGAGAUCUACGCUGGGGCCAUGGCUGCACAGGAGUUACGCUGGCUCACCUACCUGCUGACCGACUUGGGAGAGGCGCCUCGUUCUCCUCCAGUUCUGUACGUCGACAACAAGGCCAUGCUGGCCUUGUGUCAGAAGCACAGACUGGAGCACAGAACGAAGCACAUUGCUCUGCGCUACUUCCUUGCUCAAGAGUUGCAGCACCGUGGUCAGCUUCGUCUUGCUUACGUGGCCUCUCGGGCCAACACUGCUGAUAUCUUCACCAAGGCACUUCAGCCUUGUGAUCAUCAGCGUUUCUGUACUAUGCUAGGUCUUGUGCCUACCGGGUCUCACUUGCUUACCUCUUGA